AUGGAGCCAUCUCCUCUUACUCAACAAGCUCGUCCUAAAGUAUUCCAACAAAAGAUUGUAGAGUUGUACGAGGCUCUAUUCAAGGAUGAAGACGACCCUGACAAAUCGGAAGGGUUUUGGAAGGAAUUCUUCUUGUUGCGACCGAAUAAAGCCACCUUGCAAACUAUUCUAAAUCAAUUUAGUGCCGACGAUUUGCUGCAUCUUCAGCUACAAACUCGACAACUGUUUUCAAGGGCAGUAGGAUGUAUAAAGGCAGGAAUUCAUCCAGCAGAUGCACAUGCGCUUGAUACCAUUACAGCCUUCUUAGCAGCCGUCUUGUCAAAGAAAUACACAAACCCAAGUUCGGAUAUAAUAAGUGUUCUUGCAGGCUUAGAUCAUGUAGAUGCAAUAUUUACAGAUUUUGUUGCAGCAUUAGAUGUCACAAUUCGAACGGGGAGGAAUUUGGAUAUACGUCGCAAAGCUAUUGAAGCAGCAUUAUCAGUGACUUCAGGCGCAUAUCAAACCAGUUUACUUUCUUAUUUCACGCAUCGAGAUCUUUUCCCUUCUCUUAUGAAAUUUAUUCAAGAUUCAGAUACCACUUCACUCACAUUCGAACCAUUUACUCUCCUAGGACUUUUAGUUAAUUACAACAAAUUCGAAUUUCAAAACCCUUACAGAUUACGACUUGAUGAUUUUGUUAAUGAAGGAACUAUACAAAAGAUAAUUCGCUCGGUGGGCCAUACUUGCACGACAUCCAGGGCUAAAUAUAUUGCGAUUCAAGAUGAUAUACCGGAAGUAUGGUCAAUUGGGAGUACUUUGAGUAUGAUAGGGUUGGGAGCAAUUGCUCCAGGUUCUAAACCAGCGACCCCAGCACUUGAUCCAGAUGCUGCAAAGGAAAUGUUCUCGAAAUUACCUGGCAGCGAAGCAGCUGUUUUAUUAGCUACGUACGACUUUGCGCACGCGAACAAGCUAUUUUGCUUUAAUUUGGUAUCAAUACCCGUGGAGAAAGGAGUCGAACACCCCCUUAGUGCCUAUCUAUCAUAUACCUCAUACAUACUUCAACAUGCGCAUCUAUCCUCUCGAACCGGAUUUUAUGCGCGCACCAACCUCAUCGUUCUCCGAAUAUUGAUUGAAGAUCAAGUACUAUGCAAAAAGAUAUGCAGCGAGGAAAGUAAAAUGCCAGUCCGAUUAUGUCGACAAAGACAGCCAUUUCUACCUUUGGUUCGCGCUGAUAGAAUAUUUGCUGCCUAUAUGCUGGAUGUCGCGAUUGAUGGUAUAAAUCACAACCUCCGAAAGAGACUAGAUGUGGAUCUCUAUAUUCUAUGUGUGGGAAUUAUCUUACGAAUAAUCUCACACCUUUCACGAUCUCGGACACGCCUCACGUACCACUGGUCUGAGCUGUUCCGAUCCCUACUUGCACUUGUGAGAUUCCUUACCACUUAUACAACGGACUUAAAGAAUCUUCUAAACAUUGAAAUACUUCUUGAUGACGUGGUCAACCUCAUUGCAUUAUCAUUAUCCGCCGGAGAAGCAUUCCUGCCCAGUCCUGCUGCAUACGACGACCUGUUUUAUAAAUUGGUAGAAACUGGGGAGGUACUGGUAAAAUUUCGAGAUAACUACAAUCUUGGGAAACGACCGAAGAGUUCGAUAGAUACAUUGAUCAGUGUCACUACGCACUAUAAUCAAUUACUUACGGAUGGAUCAACUGGAAAGAGGAAACAUCUUACGAGUGUACAAGUUGCGGGGGUAAUCAAGCAAGGAUAUGAAACGUUGAGUAUUCAAGCCAAAGAGGGACUGGAUGGGUGGGAAAGAUAUAGAGAAGCGGAUGAGAAGACCUUCUUGAAGAAGAUGGCUAGGACUGCCGUGGCAGAUGUCAAAGUUCUUGUUAGUGAAAUUUAA